AUGACAAGUCUAAAAAAGAUUAAAUCCCCUAAAGAAGAAAUUAUUAAAUGGCUAAUUGACACAGCUAUCGUUGCUGUUAGUUCAGCAGCUAGUGCUGCUUUAGACCUUGUUAAUCUUGAAAAGAAUAAUAUCAAUGCCGACACGCUUAAAACACAACGUGAAAAUCAGAACAGACUUAAUAAUGAAUUAUUUGAAAAGCUUUCUGCAAAUGUUAAUGCACGUAAUGAGCUUGGUAUCAAUACAGAAUAUGCAAUGAAACAACUUGCUAAUGAUGUCAUGUCUCAGAUGGCUUCUAUCGACCCUGAUCAAGCUGAAGGCAAAGACACGGCUGAUGCUAUUUUGCAAGGCUUACAACAAGUUGGUGGGGCUGGUCCUGCACAAGGUGCUGCACCCGAAAUGCCUUUAGAAGACAUGAUUCCUCAAGGCUCGCCUGCACAAGCUGGUAUCCCUGCUGAAGAAGAAACUGAAGAAAAGGCUAAGAAAUAA